AUGGCGCCCCAAACCUCUUCCUCUUCAAGUUACCUCACCAAGGUCAUCUCACAAGAUGUACAUGAGAAGGAGUUUGAUGGAUUCCCAAAGAUGACCUCGUCCUCUCUCAAGAAACUCUUUAACAAAAAUCUAAGCGGUUCAGGAUGGGGCAAAGAACACUUGCUGCGUCUUCGUACCUACAUCCAGGACUCCUCGGGCCUGACUCAGCUGAAAGACUCCGACGUGCCUAAGGCUAUUCGGGACUUCAUCAACUUGAAAGACGAAGACAUCAGGUGCAUGGACGAACGCAAGCUCUUUGAUAAAUACAAGUCAGAGAGCAUCAGCACCAUAGCGACUCUUCUGGGCCGCCUAACGGCAAACGCCUCAGCUGCUGGUUCUUCCGGUGCUUCUGGUUCGGCUGGUGCUGGUGGACGAUACGGGCUGCGGCCUAGAGAUUCGAAUACCGGGAACGCCCCAUCAGACACCGAAUCCCGUUCUUCUGGUGAAUAUCCGUCAAGCAUGGACACAGGAGAAUCGCAGGAGACUGGAACCUCCGAUGGGGAUUUCAUCGAGGUCCAAGCCAGUGCCAAACGCAUUCCGUUGGAGCGCAUCACGGUCGAGCUGCUCAGCGCGUGUAUGAGGCUCUGCUUGCUAUACAUGCCGAAGCAGGAGGGCAUCAGCUCAACCCUACAAUGGGACUCGGGGGAGCAGAAAUUCGAGGCCGAGUUGGGGGGUCUCAAAUACACAUCGAUCGAUGACGGCGGAUUAAUUAUUCGCCAAGCCGGGGUGACGCUCGAGGAGGAAAAUUGGGGAGAUUCCCGCGUCCUCUCCGUGGAGGCCAAGAGAAGCGCCACAACGUCGGAUGGCGCAGGUGGCUUGAAUAUGCAAGAUAAAUGGCUUGCACAGAUUGUAUCCGAGGCUCUGGCCGCACGAAAGUGUAGCGAUCCUCCCACUCAAGUUGUGAAUAACCAGUCUUUACGUGUCAUCGCGGUCUCUGGGACUCACGCAAUCUUCCUGGAAGUUGAGAUCAGCCAGGAUUACUUGACGCAGCUGGAAACGGCUCUCAAGUCCUCGAUCGCAAAACCUCCUGGGUUCACUAAGUACUUGACGGUCAGAAAAGGCAAGUGGAUGGACCUUAGUACGGCGGACGGCCGCAGAAGACUCUAUAGAUCUCUCUAUGACCUUUGGAAUGAAGUGCUUGAAGAGGACUCUCCAGAGGAUUCUGAAGAGGAUUCUGAUGAGGAUUCUGAUGAGGAUUCUGAUGAGUCCGAUGAUUCAAGCGAAUGA